AAUGAAUCUAUGAAAAAUUCUCGGGAGUCAACCAGAGACACCAUACUCUUGGCCCCUGCCACUCCAAGUGUGUGUGUUCGCCGUGAAAGACCAACCAAGUCUCCUUCCUGGCAGUUUGAGGACAGGCAAAGCUGUCAGAAAUGACGUCGCUAAAGUGACACUAGAUGAGGAAUACUCUCGCCAAAUCGACACUCAAAUCACUCACCACUUGAGAUUUGUACCUGUUUCGUGCAGCUACAGGAGCUGGGGCCCACGUAAGAGAGUGACCUCAGAAUGACAAAAUCAACUAACAACUAAGUAGUGAAAUAUCAGAUCAGCACUACAUCAGACCAAAGUUUUUGAUGCCUUUCUCGUGUUGGAUGUCGAGGGAAAUCCAGACAGCCUAAAUCUACAGCUGGAUGAUAACCGCGUGCUUCAAAAAGAGGAAGCGCUGGAGAAGCCUGUUGAGAGAAGUCUAAUUUGUUUCUGAAGGAUCCAACUGACCUGAUGACCAACAUUUAUGGGGACACCGUUGUCACCACUAACGGUGAGGAGGCAUGUCUCCUCCGUCUGUCUCUCACCAGCCUGUUCACAGGAAGUUGUCUGGAAUCAUCAAGUGAUUAUAUCACCAGUGUAUGUGAGCGCUGUCUAAAGGACCUCUCUCUCAGUGGCCAGCCAGAGUGUGUAUACUCUGCCUUUAAGCGUCUGGGGACAGAAUUGGUAUUGGGCAUUUUUCUGAACGUAAGAGCAGAGGAGCAGCCUGAACUUUACCAGGACAUUGUGCAGCUUUGUACACAGCACUGGCAUGGUCUGAUCUCUGCUCCGGUGAACGUGAAGGUUCCUCUGUGGUCUUCAGGUUUCUCUACCGCUCUGGACGCCAGAGACAAACUGGUGGACAUCAUCAAAGACAAACUGGAGAAUGACACACAGGGUUUUGUCGGCUCACUUGGUUCCUUGCCGCUUCCCGACUCCAGCUCUGCCUCCCAGCAUCUCCUGCUGUUCAUCUCAGCACUGAUCCCCAAAGCCCUGGCGUCGCUGCUCACCUCCUUCACACUGGCACUUGGUGGAAACGGACAGAUGCGCCGGCAAGCGAUGGAAGACCCUGAUUACCUGCACAGAGUCCUGCUGGAGGUGCAGAGACUUUGGCCUCCUUUCAUUGGUGGACGCAGAAUAGCUAAUCAGGACUCCACUCUCGCAGGGUUUAAUGUCCCAAAGGAUUAUGGCGUGAUCUAUAUCAGCCACUCUGUACACCGUGACCCAGAGGUGUUCCAGCAGCCGGACCACUUCCUCCCGGAAAGAUGGAGCGGAAGCACAGAGAGACGGAAACCCCCCCAGCUGAAGACGAGCUGUGGUUGCUGGUGUCCCUCACGCUCUCUCGGUUACCUGCUCUGGAAUGCAGGCCAGGAGCACUUCCUAUGUUCCUUCGGCAGCGGGCCCAGAAGCUGUAUUGGAGUUAAACUUACCGAUGUCUUCCUUAAGGAAGCAUGCAUGUACCUGUUAAAGCACUACGACUGGUGUUUGGACCCUCCAUCGCAGGACCUCGGGUACAAAUGGCUGCCUGUGUCUCGCCCUGCCAACCCCCCCACCAUCUCCUUCACCCUACUAGAUCAGACCAGAUAUGACAGGAGCCACACCAGCUAGGGAUGCACAGUAUGUUUAGUAAUGUACGUGCCGGAAUUGGAGAAAAAACAACAACAUACAAGUGCUAAAAUCUGUAGCUAGAGGCCCCAAAAGCCUGUCUGGAAUGCACAAAAAAUUAAAUGAGAAAAAUAUGUGAACACACACAGAGGGAAGCCAGCAAACUGUGAGGCUUUCCCCUGCUGCGUAUAAUACAGUAAUCAUCCUGGGGAAAGCCGAGGAGUGUGAUGGUUUCAUUCUGUGUUCCUCAGCCAGAUAUUCUGCAGCUUUGCUUGAUGAAUCUGCAACGGAAGGCAAAAUAAAUUACUCAUAAUUAUUCUUCCAUUGUUGAAUUUGACACUAGACUAGACAGACAUUUUUUGACAGUUUUUUAAUGAGUCAUCUAUCUACAGUUUAAAAAGAUUCACCAUGAAACUGUCUGGAUCACCGAGCCUGUUUUAUACAUCAGACAUUGCUUCCUUUGUUCCUCCGUUGUGAACAGAUAUUGAAAAUACCUCCAAAACUGCAGCUUUGAUAUAGGUAGAAAUUGCAUUUUAUUUUCCCACACUGCAGUAUCAAUAUUUAAACCAAAUGAAUCCAAGGGAACACACACACACACACACACACACACACACACACACACACACACAGAGAGGUAAGCCCUCAGAUACCAUCACUAACUGCAAACCUGUCUACCCUCCCCCUUCCAAUACCUAGCAACCACCACUGCUUAGCAACAGUUCGUCAUACCGACACUGUCUUACUUCCUUUUAGUAUGCAAGACACACACACACACACACACACACACUAACCUGGUUAUUUUUGAAAGCAGUUGGCAGUGAUGCGCACACAAUCUGAAUCUCAUGUAAAUGAAGCCUGAAGGCGUUUCAGAGCACACGCCUACAUUUUAAAUAACCGUAACACCUGAAUCAAAAACCAAACUAGGCUCAUUCUGUGUCUGUUGCAUUGAUAAAAAUUUGUCGUAACUUCUUAUUUGUAAAUAUUCAAGUGUCGCUAUGUAUUAUAUUAUAAAAUGUUUAUGGUUGCAA